ACUUGGAGAGAUCAGCCGCGGUGUGUGUGUGUGUGUGUGUGUGUGUUUCUCUCUACAGCACUACAGCACCCGACUCAGCUCCAGGAAGAAGAGCGAGACUUGCUGCAAACAUCUCCUCUCGAACAAAGUGACUGUAACUUCAAGGAGUCCGGUGACGCCUCGCCUGCUGCUGAGACCCCUUUUGUUUUCCCGCACACCCGCUCUCGCCCUUCUCUGCACCCGGCCAUGCCCACACUGCCUGAGGAAGAGGAGGACUCUCCAGAGGAGAUGGACAGUUCCCCGAGCUCUCCCAGCACAUUAGUACCAGGUGAAAGUCGAGCUGUUGUCAUGACUGCGCCCACCAUCGUCUACCCAAAGCAGGCUAAGGUUGUCCAUCAGGAUGGGCGUCCGCUGGAACAGGCCAGACCACACAGUCCCAGAGCUCGCUUGGUCAGAAGCUCCCCCGGGGUGCCCAUCACCACAGUUGACAGCACAGGUAAUGUGAUUGACCUGGUGAAAGAUCCGCUCCCGGAGCUGCAGCUCUCCGAGGAGGAUCGACAGAAGAACCUGGAGCUGCUUGAAGAGGCCAAGAAGGUCAGCGAUCGCUUCCUGACACGCCGAGGCCGGCGAUCCACCAGCAGCCUCACUGAUUCGCCCACAGGUCUUUCACCGACUCCAACGCCAUCAUCCUCACCGUGUUCAUCGAGAAGCAGCUCACUUACUGUGGCCCCUCAGACCGCAGCAGGACCCUCGGAGACGAUCCAGUAUCAGGAGGUGUUUCCAGGGAGGGAGCAGCCUGAUGCAACCAGCCAGAACCAGGAGGGAAAGCUGUUGGUGGACUGGAAGUUAGCUGACAAAAGGAAAGUGUCCUCGGGGACUCUCACACCUCGUUUUGCUGUUCAGAAAAACGGUGAACCCAAGAGUCCUACAGUUGUCAACAAAUCAGACGAGUCAAAUCGAAGUCCAAACCAGGCUCCAGCCACAGGGGUCGCCAAGCCUGUGCCCAGACCUUCUACUCAACAGGCACCGUGUACAGCAGAGAUUAAGACUAUUGGGGCCUUUCCACCACUAAUGAGAGCUGUUUCCUGGGAUGCUGUAGGCAGUCUUAACUCUAGAAAUGGAGCCCCGGUUUUCCCUUCAGAAACUGAGGACAGUUUCUCAGACAAGCCCAAGGAUGCUGGCUUAAAGACUUCAGGGUACAAGGAUUUCCCCACCCCACCGGUGGGUGCACAGAAGCUGUCUAAACUCAGAGAGGAGCACAAGCUAAUGCGAAACCAAAGCAUCGUGGGAUCAAAGUUACCAGAGCUGAGCGAAGCUGCUGAACAGGAAAAAGAUUCGCCGUCAUCACUGAACACACCUACCAGUGACACAAAUGAAAGAUCCGACGCCAUGCCCAACAUUUCAGACUUGAUGCUGAGAAAACUCAAACUUCAUCGGGGUCUGCCUGGCUGUGCUCCUCCACUCAGCGAAAAAGAAGUUGAGAAUGCAUUCGUCCAGCUGUCACUGGCGUUUCGUAAUGACAACUACACUCUGGAGACGCGACUCAAGCAGUCAGAGAGGGAGAGGAACCUGACUGAGGAGGACACGGAAAAAGAAUUAGACGACUUCAAAGGAGCGCUAAAGAUGACUGCGCCAAUGUGGCAGAACCUGGAGCAGCGCGAAGCCUAUCAGCGCCUAAAAGAGACGGUAGCAGUGCUGCACAGGCUUGCCACACGGCUCUCCAGCAGAGCAGAGAUAGUGGGCGCAGUUCGCCAGGAGAAGCGUAUGAACAAGGCCACAGAGGUUAUGAUGCAGUAUGUGGAAAAUCUUAAGAGGACGUAUGAGAAGGACCAUGCAGAGCUCAUGGAGUUUAAGAAGCUGGCCAACCAGAACUCGCAUCGUUACGGAGUGUCUGUAGACCCUGGAGACGAUGGACUUCCACGUCCAUGUAGACCAAUUCCCUUCACCCCUGGAAAGGUGCCUCGACGCAGGGUGAGCGUAGCGGUGGUGCCAAAGUUUAAUCUUCUUAACAUCCCGGGUCAGACCCCGGCCACAGCUGGCCAAGGCUCCAACGCAGGACCCACAACUGGUGCUGCUCUUCCUGUCCUGUGUGAAGCAAAUGACGUGAAAGGCACCACCUCCACAGAGGCUGCACAACCAGGAACAGAAUGUGGAAAGAGUGUGUCGGAGCAGGAAAAUGAGCCAGCCAAGCCUUCAGUAAACCUGGAGGAGCUCCGAGCCGAGAUCAAGGCAAAUAUCGAAGAGGAGGCCUAUCAAAAAGGCUACCAAGAUGGACUGAAGCAAGGCAAGGCGCUUCAGGAAGAAAAACGUGAAGACGAAAGUGCUGCGGACAAAUUGCUGGAAACAAAAAAUAAGGACGAAGAGAGCGGAGAGAGGCUUAAGAACAGCAGGAGGAUGGAGGAAGUCCUGGCUGUUGUAGGCGAGUUCUGCCCCAAGGUAUCCACGAGUCGGCGGCUUCUAUGGCUCACUUUGACGCUGUUUGUGGCUGUGUGUGUGGUGUUCAGUAUUUAUUCAUUCUUCAGUGACUAUUACAACCGACACGAGGACACAUAAGGGAAGAGGAACUUUGUGUGAGACACUGAUUGAGAUCUUUGGACUGGGUGUAAGAGUGCAACGAAAGAACCCGCUAAACAGAAUAACAGAGACCUCAUACAUCACGUCUCUGCCAGUUUACCAUAUCAUCAGACACACUUGAAUCAAAUGACCCCGAUACUCAAGGGUCAGAGACAUUUUGGGAGGCUUUAUGGCUCGUGAGGCCUUCUUCAUGGUCAGCAGAGAUAAGUUAUAAUCUUGCUUGAAAUGAAAAGUUGAAAGGAUGUUUGCUGCAGCAAAAGAUAAGAUGAUUCUGUUUAGGGACCAAUUAUAUUGUGUGCUGAAAUAGAUAUUUAAUUAAAUUAGAUCUUGUAAUUAUACAUUCUGGUUCUGGUACUUUGAAUGCUGAAUAUGGCACUUUUUCAUUAAAUGCCACAGUAGAAACAUUGUAUAUUUAUCUACACAAUAGAAUCUCUCAGGUUUGAUAGAUAAUGAAGUCCCUGAGAGACUUUUAAUACAUAUUUAAAGAAAAAUGUUUUUAUCUGUUGUUUUUUCUAUUAAAAAAAUGUUUCAAAUGUAAGCACAUUCCACAGCAGUUCUUCAAGUGCAAUACUCAGCUCAUGGUUCUCAUUUGUGCCAUGUUUGAUUGUUACUUCAGAGCACUGAGAGAUUUUUUUUCUUGUAAACGAGCACUGUUUAGACUUCAUGAUUCCUUUUCUGUCUUUGCACAUGUGUGCCGCCUGUGCUGUCCGUUCUCUGUUCAUUUUAUGGUCUGUCACCUCUCCUUUAAAUAAAAAGUG